AUCUCUCUCUCGACUCUCUCGUCAUCUCUGAUCUCUCCAUCAUCACUACUUGACUGUGAAAAAGAACCCUUUUUGUUUUUACAAUCUGAGAUCUAAACAGAUAUUUCUAAAUUCUCAUUUAAUUGCCCCCUAAAGUUCCAAUCUUGCCUUUUUUACCCCAAUAUCUCUGGAGAUAAUAGCCAGCCAUUGAGCGUUUCUUUCUAUAAUUUCUCUCAUCGAUUAGCCCUCAAGUCAUUGAGAGUUUCGACGGAUUCAUCACCGGGAAACCUAUGAGAAUCUGUGGAACUCCUUGGUUUCUCAGAGCUUCAAUGGUGAAAAAUCCCUAAUUUCAUCCCAAAUCGAGGGGGAAAAGCUUCAACUUGUCUAUUCAUGGGGGAUUCAAGCACAUUCCGGUAGAUUCUUUUCCAGUUUCUUGGGGGGGAAAGAGAAGUCAAAUUCCUAGGGUUUUCCCGAUUUGAAGUUUCGAUUUUUCUUUCCAAAUGUUCUCGAACCAGUUUGUUCUCGUCUUCUCUCUUCUUCUAUGUCUCCCUUUUGCCAUCUUCUUUGUUGCGCCACAUGUCUUCCCUUCUCCUCCUGGUGAAUCAUUAAUCCCAAUCUCCGAUGAGAUUGAUGACCGGAGUUUAUUCAUCGCCGCUGCUGGGUCAACCUCCCUUUCUCAUCUUUCAUCUGGAAACCCUAACCCUAAGCUCAAGAUUGCUUUUUUAUUCCUCACCAACUCCGAUCUCCAUUUCGCGCCAAUCUGGGAUCGGUUCUUCUCUGGUCAUUCUAAAUCGCGCUACAACGUCUAUGUCCACGGAGAUCCUUAUGUCAAUAUCACCAGACCUGGGAAUGGCUCUGUAUUUGAGAAUGCCUUUAUUGCCAAUGCUAAGCGCACCGCACGAGCCUCUCCGACUCUUAUCUCCGCCACGAGACGCCUCCUCGCCACCGCAUUUCUUGAUGACCCUGCCAAUACUUACUUCGCUGUGCUCUCUCAGUAUUGCAUUCCUCUCCACUCUUUCAACUACGUUUACACCUCUCUCUUUGAGUCUCCAACUUUUGAUAAAUCUGAUCCGGAUCCGACUCCGAAUCCGAGAGGGAUACGGAUCUUGUACCGGAGUUUUAUGGAACUGAUAUCUGAUGAACCGAGGCUUUGGAAACGCUACACUGCUCGGGGAAGGUAUGCUAUGAUGCCUGAGGUUCCGUUUGAGAAGUUCCGAGUUGGUUCGCAGUUCUUUGUUAUGACUAGAAGACAUGCUUUGUUAACAAUCAAAGAUCGGAUCUUGUGGCGCAAAUUCAAGCUCCCCUGUUAUCGUUCCGACGAGUGUUAUCCGGAGGAGCAUUAUUUCCCAACGCUCUUGAGCAUGAAGGAUCCGGAUGGUUGCACAGGGUAUACGCUUACUCGGGUUAACUGGACUGGCACUGUGAAAGGACAUCCUUAUACCUAUAAACCAAAGGAAGUCGUGCCUGAGCUGAUCCAGAGACUCCGGCGAUCAAACCACUCAAGCUCCUAUUUUUUCGCACGCAAAUUUACCCCAGCUUGCUUGAAGCCACUGUUGGCCAUUGCAGAUUCCGUGAUUUUCAGAGAUUAAGUUAUACGGGGUGAGAAAAGAAAGUUUUGGACCGAAGAGGUUUUACGUUAUGGGUUCAACUGUUGAAGAACAGAUGCCACUUUCAGGAUUAAGAAGAGGCAAAGCGAAACGAUGUUCAAUAUAAAUAAACCAGUUUUAGUGGUUCCUGGAGGCAGCGCACUCCUGUUAGCUGUUGUGACAUAUAUAUAUCACACGACACGAGAUCACAGAUUAAGAGAUGGAGAAUUUGUAAUUUGUUUUUUUGUUUUUCUUUUUGUUCUUUGGAGCUGGUGCUGUUACAUAGCAGAGCUCUUUUUACCUCAAAGGCUUGGGGUUUGUAGCAUUAUAAAUGUGUCAAGGAAAUCUAUGAAGGCAAUUUGUUA